AUUCGAUGCAUAAAGAGUUCUACAGUAGAAUCUGUUGAAGUUUACAAAUUCAAUUUAUCCGAUCAUGAAGGGCUUUGGUAUCAUCUGUCUGCUAGUUGUUUCUUCGGUGUUUGUCGUUGUACAAUGUGAAGAAAAGAAGCCAGAACCUAAAGUUGGUGAGCCACAAUUCAGUUUAAAUGCUGCUGGUGGUGGAAACAACGCUCGCAACUUCAACGCUGGAUAUAACGCAGGGGUCGGAACCAGGGUCUGGGAGAGCAAGAAUAAGGACAUGAGCCUGGACCUCGGGGUCAAUUACGGACGAGGGUACGCGAGAGUCGACGGACACACCUUCAAGUCACCACCCCAGUACGGAAUCGGAGGUACCUUCAGAUGGGGAAGGAAGUGAUGGAGAACACCUCUUUUGAAAUGAUUUCACUGAAUGGUGCUAUAUUUAUGUGUUGUAGUAAAUAAAUAAAUUUUUAUUGAAUUAUGAA